AUGGCGGUCGAAGUCGCAUCGGAUCUGCAAGUGGUCGCACAAAUUGCUUCGCGACUGCAAUCUCUGCUUCGGCGGGCCAGCGCGGUCAAACCAGAGACUUCCGUGGAGCCUGCAUUACCCACCGCCGAGUUCGUAGAUGACAUCGAAGCGCUGCUGGAUGAUUUUGCGGAACACCACGAUCAGCAGUACAAGUUCUCUGCUGUCGAAACUGCCGUAAGAGAGGUGUUCUACUCAUUGAUCACGUCUACGAGCAUUAGCGAUCCGGCUUUCGUCGGAGUCUGGAAUCUCCUGGACAUUGUUCUCAUAUGCGGUGAUCGCGGCAGAUGCGACGCUGCUCUCAUUUGUCUGCUGCUGGAGGAGCUUCUGGACAGUCAGACGACCGAUGGCUGCAGGAUUGUCUUCGAUUAUCUCGAUUCUCGACGGGAUCGACUGGCACAGAAGGAUUUCCACAAGAAGAAUUUGAUCUUCUUGCGAUCUUGCAAUGAAUUGCUGAGACGAUUGAGCCGAGCUGAGGAUGCAAUUUUCUGCGGUCGUGUCUUUUUCUUCCUAUUCCAGACAUUCCCACUGGGCGACAAGAGCUCCGUGAAUCUGCGAGGAGAAUUCCACGUCGAGAAUACGACAAAGUUUGACGAUUCCGAAGUCGUCCCGGCAGAGGGUAAUGGCGAGCACAUGGAGAUUGACUCCCAGCCAAAGGAGGAACCGAUCAAAGAACACACACCCGCGCCUGCAGUGCCCACCAAGCCUGGAAGCAAAGCCGUCCCGAUCAAGGCGCCACACAAGAAGAUACCAGAAGAGGAGGCACUUCCUACAAGCGAGCUGUAUCCCAUUUUCUGGAGACUCCAGCAUGACUUCUCGGACCCAACUCGACUAUUCGACACAGCAAAAUUCACGGCGUUCAAGAAAGGGUUGGCAAGUACCAUUGUCAAGUUCAAGAAAACGCCGACAGUGGUACAAACGAAGGCCGGUGAAGAGGAGAAGCGAGGCACGAAGCGAAAGAUUGGCGAGAACGGCACCGUCGAUGACAGUAGUGACCACCUCAUGGAUAACUACAACCCGAAGUACCUCACGAGCAAGGAUCUGUUUGACCUCGAGUUGAGCGACCUGGCCUUCCAACGCCAUAUCCUGGUCCAGGCGUUGAUCCUCAUCGAUUUCCUACUAUCAUUAACCGACAAAGCGAAGAAGAGGUUGGCUUCGUUGACGACGACGAACAAGUCUAUGCUUUAUUCUUUCGCGCUGAAUGAAGGAGACACGCAAUGGGCGACCACGACGCGAUCGACCAUCACUUCUUACAUUUCGUCGACGGCAGAAGGGCGGCAAUAUUGUCGUAUGGUCGAGACAGUCCUUGCUCGGGACAAGAACUGGGUUCGUUGGAAGGUUGAAAGCUGCCCCUCGAUCGUGCGAGGUCCUGUUUCGACUGAGCAAGAGAUGGCUGCAAGGAAAGGAGCCGCACAGGCAACUCGCCCUCGCAAGAUCCCGGAGAAACCUAUGGGCGCCAUGAAUCUGAGCUUCCUAGAUGAGGGAAGCGGCGGCGGUUUAGAAGCGUUGAAAGACCCGGCCCGCUACACUGCGCCCACGAUUGAGCAACUGGUGGACAAGGUAAAGACCGACAAGCUGGACGCAGACUUCGCAGCAGAUGAUGAAGAGAAAGCCAGCUUCGAAAAUGCGAUUCAGAAUGCCAAAUGGCGUGCCCUGCGGCAAGCACGAUCGUCAAAUCUAAGCUUGUUGAACAAGGUGGAGAGCACGAAAGACCUUGAGGAGAUGCCCUUCGUGACUGCCGAGGACUUGGAAGCAGAGGCCGAGACUGAAGCAGCGGAACAGAAUGGAGAUGAUGCCGCGGUCACUAAUUUGACGAACGCGGGCGAGCGGGAGAACACUACGGUCGUCGACGAAGUUGUCGCAGAUGCUCCUGAGGAGGAGACCGCGGUCACGGAAGCAGCGUGA